AUGAAAACGGCAGAAGAGAGACUUAGGUUUAAAAAUCACUUUUUUAAAUUAGGACAAGGAAGGUUAAUACCCAGCUCUGAUUCUACCUAUUGGGAUGCAUUCUGGAAGGAACCAGAGACCACGAGUGAUAUUUAUGAAUUAAUCACACCGUAUGACAUAAGAACUAUUCGGGAACAAAAUAGGGCUAAUUUUGUAUUGAUGAUAAGGGUGUUGAUAUUGAGGCUUACUUAUUUAGCACAGCAUGAAAAUUUCCCUAGUAAGGAUGCUCCAGUAUCCGAAUUAUUAAACUGCAUCCGUUUUUUAACAAAACUACUUCCAUUUGUAUUUGAAUUACCCGAGUAUUGUAGUGAAUUGGAUGAUAUUUUGUUUUGGUCUGAAACGUUCGACCCGAUGACAGUGGCCACUGGGUCAUCUUUGAAUAAUAUUCAGACACCAGUAAGCGUGCUAGGAGGUGAAAAAGAGAAUGAAAAGACUGUAAAUAAAGAAAAUAUUCUCGGUGUUAAUAUAGUGAAAUGCCUCGUGGACUUGUUGUUUAUCAGAUCGUUUACAAUGGAUGUACCAAUUGGCGAUGAGGGCAGAAGCGGUAGUAAAAGAAUGAUGAGUGUAUGGGAGCCAGGUAUUGGAACAACAGCAAAAUAUCAAACUCCGAAUCUCAUAAUUGAUAGUAAUCGAAUGGAGGUAUUGAAACUUAUGCUUGUUUUGAUGACAACCUCGGUUUAUCUGGUUCCAUCUCAAGUUGUAUCGAAUGGGUCGAAGUUUUUAACAUUAUUGGUAGCCACUACGCCGCGUGUGGAGCUAUUGAUUCUUGUAUGCUCAUUGAUGAACUUGUUGUGCAGAUCUGCUAGAAGUCCCGUUGAGGAAAAUAUGCUAUUCUACAGGAAUAUUGAGCUCACUGAAAUGAGACAUCUAUGUGUUACUUAUGCGACCCAACUAUUGACACUAAUGAUUGUCUACCCAUUACCUUCGCAACCUAACUUACAAUUCUUGUAUGAUCUAAACUUACUUACGACGGCUAAGCCAUUCAAUAUGGCACGGGUGUAUAUUGGUAAGUUACGUAAAGAGAAUGAAUUACUAUUUUUGGCAUCAUAUUUGAUCAAUGUCUUGAGAGCACCUAUGCAAAGUUCUAAAGAAUCUGAAAAUUUAAAAUUUAAUUUGAAUACAGGUCGACAAAACCAAGUAUCAAUAUGGGCUACCGAGUGUAUAAUGCUCUUGUGGGAAUUGUUUCAAUGUAAUAAAUCCUUCAGAACUUUAGUUGGAGAAAGAUACUUGCAUGAAUUACUAGUGAUAAUGUUGUACUAUGUAUGCACUUAUCAUAGGAAUGUCAAUCAUAAAAAUUCAGUUCGCAUAUUUUCUUACUUCAUUUUAUACUUAUCCUCAGACUGCUUAAUAAUGGAUAAAUUAUUCGAACCAAUGGAUCUUACAUUUUAUGAGUCCUUGCCUACUGGUUAUAAAAUAAGUCCAGGACCAGUGACUUAUAGAGAUUUCAUUGUUACUCAAAUAUGCAAGUUAUUGAUUACUUUAUCAUCAGGGAGCAAUAACACAAACAAUGCAAAACCAAGUUUGUUAUUGACUACUUUAGUAGAGAUUUUAUAUAAUUUGAUCCCUGUGGUUUCUAGUAAAGACAUAGAAGUGAAGGAUGACCCGGAGAAAAAAUUAGGCAAUUCUAAUCCAAGAGGUGGUCUUUCGUAUGGUGCAUGUUCGUCUAUCACCCAAUUGAUACUAAAAUUCUCCACUCGUCCAUUUUUAUUAGAUGCAUCGUUCAAUGCUGAUUUACUUGCAUUAAUAUUUCGAUCUGUUUGCACAGCCAUAAUUAAGUAUCCAAAACCAUCAAGAAUGCUCUUAUUUUCGAUGCUAAAGAAUGAAAAGGUGUAUGAUCAAGUCUGGAGCACAAUUUACAGUUUCAGUACAGAAUACUUCAGUGGGGACACUCUUGUAUUGAAUUCGAUAGAUGAUAAUGAAGACGAAAAUAUCAGUCCGUUGCAACAAAUUGAUUCUAAUAGAUCUGAUCAAGUAUCCAUUAGUUCUUCUAUAGAAUCAGAGGCAAAUGAUUCUAUUUUCAUAAAUAAUUUUACAAGUCCAAAAUCGAGGCAUGGUUCAAAUGUAAGUGGGUCUAUACCGCCACUGACUCCUGAAUUUGAUUUAAAUUUCUUUGAAGACGAAUCACAAGCAAUUGAUUCUGCAUUGAGACCCAAGCCACCGACUGGUAUGUCUCAGAAGGCUAGAGAUAAAUUACCGAAAGAUGCACCUUUGAAAAGAUCGUGGGGCGGAAAUGAUUCUUUAAGAAUUAUAUUAACUAUAAUUAUCCCUCAUUUGAAGCUCGUUUUGAAGGAGAUAUGGUCUAGUAGAGAAGGUCCAAGCAUUGAUAGCUUUUUGCUAGUUAAAUACAUCGAAUCCACAGAUUUCGAUAAGUUAAUUCAGGAGAAUAAAGGACAAUUGAACUAUGAUUUUUUACCUACAACUCCACUAGAACCAUUGAAAUUUAAUUGGAGCCACCUAUCUUUAGGGUGGUAUAUGUCGCUUUUGUUUGGUAAUGUAUAUAAUGCUGGAGACAACGUCAAGGCAUUUACUGGAUAUAAGAAUAAGAUUAUGAAGAAUUUUUCAUCAACUUUGGUUUCGUUUAGUAAGCUUACCUCAGGCUGGGCUGGUUUGAACAUGCAAUUAACAGGUACAGGGACGAUGUCAAACGAUUCUGAUGUGGUUUCCAGUUACGUUGAAAGUGCUCUUACCAACAUUAACCCCUGGGCAUACACCUCGAUCAAAUUAUUUAAGAUAGAGCCUGCCGUUAAUGAAGGAUUUUUUGGUUCAGCUAACGCAAAAGUAGCCAAUAACGUCAUGGCUUCCCCGAGUACACCUAAUGGGGUAAAUGAUAUGGCAAGUACGUUAGCAAGAAAAUUUAGUGACUUCCGUAUCCGAAACAACAGUUCAUCUAGUAUAUCCUCAAUGCAGUCUGCGAACUCCAUCUUAAACACUCCAAUUGAUGAGCAAGAAGCAUGCUUUGGUAAGUACAUCCCGAGAAAUUCUGUUAGUUCAUUACAUUCUUUGAACACAUUAAACAGAUCAAGAACAAAUACUCCUAGGAACUCAGUCUGCAUGUGA